AUGAACAGUCCGGGCGCACAACUGCAUCAGAACUUACAGGAUGCAGUAAGUGAUGCUCUUGCCAUGCGUCGUCCAGUCCUCCAUCACCUGAGUGCCGACACAGCAUGGCUACUGAUGAUUCCUCGCCCGGUCGCUGCAACCAAGCGUGGGGGUCGUGUCUACUUCAACAUCCUCAUCGACCCCUGGCUCUCUGGAACACAAACCGACUACACCAGUUGGUUGAGUAAGCAGUGGCACGCCGCUGAACCUCGAGUGCCUAGCAUUGCAGCUGUAGAAGACCUCAUCCGCGAGACCGAGAGUCUGGCAAGUGGUCUACGCCUUGGAAAGGGCAGAAAGAGCAAUGCACAAGAUACCCAAGACUUUGACGAGGUUGAGACAUUUAUAGAUGCUGUCGCUGUCAGCCAUCAGUUCACCGACCACUGUCACGAGCAAACAAUGCGAACUGUGCAUCCGAACGUGCCUGUUUUUGCGACAGAGAAAGCCAUUCCACUGAUCGAGUCGUGGAAGCACUUCCGCGUCAUUCAGAAGAUCCCGCACUUUUCCGAGGACCCCGACUGGCACGCGACAUCAGUACCUCCUUUGCCAGAAUGGCUCGGCAUUUCACGACUUGUAACGAGCAGCGACAUGCUAUACUUUCACUCAGCACUCAUGAUCACCUUCAACAAUCAGCAGAGCGAGGAGGACGAAACAGCAGAAGCCAUCAUCUACACACCACAUGGGAUCCACAGUGACAGUGAGGGUCUGGACCUUGUGACCAAGGCCAAUCCUCCCAUAAAGACACUCGCUUUCUUGCACGGCCUUGAAGAUAUUACACUAGGAGCAGCACAGCAGCUGAACUUGGGAGCACACAACGGACUGAAGGCACAGCGGAAACUCAAGGCCAGCUACUGGAUUGCCACACACGAUGAAGACAAGGAAGGCACAGGAAUCGUGGGCUGGUUACUCAAGAGGAAGAAGAUCAGUGUGAAAGAUGCUGUAGAAGCCGAGAAGAAACGCAGGAAGGGUUCUUCGAGCGAGGACACGGCCAGCGACGAGGUCAUUGGUUCAUUUGAGGGGGUCAAUUGGGUGGAUGUUGGAAACGGCGAGAGCCUUGUACUGCAGUGA